CAUGCUCCAACCGCGGCGCCCCCGACUCCGCACUCGGCUGGUUUCGGGCAUUUCCGCCUCUUUGUUUUAAACUCCGCACGGGUAUUUCCUCCUCCUCUUGGGGGGGACCCAGAGGGAGCGGCGCCCCCCUCCCCCUCCCGGCGAGCCCCCGCGUGCGCCCGCUCGCCCGCCGCCCGAGACGCAGACUUCACAAUGUAGCCCUGAUUCCAGGCUGUCAUUCACAGAAGCCAAAGAUGUUGACCAGGAAGAUUAAACUCUGGGAUAUAAACGCCCACAUCACCUGCCGCCUGUGCAGCGGCUACCUCAUCGAUGCAACCACAGUGACUGAGUGUUUGCACACAUUCUGCAGGAGCUGCCUGGUGAAGUACCUGGAGGAGAAUAACACCUGCCCCACCUGCAGGAUCGUGAUCCAUCAGAGCCACCCGCUGCAGUACAUCGGUCAUGACAGAACCAUGCAGGACAUUGUUUACAAGCUGGUGCCAGGCCUCCAGGAAGCGGAAAUGAGGAAGCAGAGGGAGUUCUAUCACAAGCUGGGCAUGGAGGUGCCAGGUGACACCAAGGGGGAGGCGUGCUCAGCGAAACAGCACUCAGAUCCCCGCAAUGGUGAAACCAAAGCAGAUGACAGUUCAAAUAAAGAGACAGCAGAAGAGAAGCAGGAAGAGGACAACGAUUACCACAGGAGUGACGAGCAGGUGAGCAUCUGUCUAGAAUGCAACAGUAGCAAACUACGAGGCCUCAAGCGGAAGUGGAUCCGAUGCUCAGCCCAAGCAACAGUGCUGCACCUGAAGAAAUUCAUCGCCAAGAAACUCAACCUUUCCUCCUUCAAUGAGCUGGACAUUUUAUGCAACGAAGAGAUCCUGGGCAAGGACCACACUCUCAAGUUCGUGGUUGUUACAAGGUGGAGAUUCAAGAAGGCGCCCCUCCUGCUACACUACAGACCCAAGAUGGACUUGCUGUAAGCCCAACCAGACUCAGCCCACACCCAGAGCUCUACACAGCCAAGAGUGCGGUGGAAUGUUGCCUCUGGGUGCCAUGCGGACCAGAUUUCUGAAUAGAGAAUAUUUAUAACUUUUGUAUGAGAGAAUCCACUCCCAACAAGACACUACCAGCACGCGUUUACAGAAGAUGAAAACACUUCGCAGCUCGCUCGUCUCUGCUUCAGGUCCACAGGCCAGAGAAUAAGUGAAAUAGUGACACGUUUCUACACCACGUCUGACACACAGCACCUCUGCUUGCUUUCCGGGUCUUGAGAAUCUUGAGUUCAUUUCAGUUUUAAUUCGUGGCUUAGGUUUCAUGAUAAGCCUCAGAAAUACUUGUACUUUUAAGUCCUUCCUAAGUUAUUGAAAGUCUUUUCAUGGUAAAUAUUUAUGUUGCCUUUAGCUUCCUGAAGACUUAAGAGAUAUAUAAAAUUUAAUUUAACGUAUACCCAAAGAGGCUUGCACAAUGCUAUGAUUUAGCCAUGGUGUUUAAUCUCCCACCUUCUAGAGUACUGCAGAAGCCCGUUCCCAAGGUUGAGACUUAGGCUGUGCAUUCUGGGGUGGCCUGUGCUGGCUGGGCAAGGCAAGACCCUCUUCACUCCUCAGUGUCAUGUGGCUGCAAUCCGGCACCCUCAGUAAGGCAAACUAAAGGUUGUAUGGCCAGUGUGGCGUUUUGGCUUGUUGAAAAGUUCUUAAAAAAAAAUAGCUUUUUUGGAAAGGCCAUCACUGAAGUUCUUGCAGUUUCAUUUCUGUUCUCCUUCUGCUGGCAAAAUUUGAUGGCUGUGUUUGUCAGUUACCCAACAACACAAGCCAUCCUGUGGAGAGACUAUAAGACACUUAGGAGGGAGCCGCUAGCCUCCAUGUUCCUGGUCAUUGGCGUUCCAGGCUUGCCUUCCUGCUCGUGGGGUUAACAUGCAUACUUUGGGUCCCCUUUUCAUUAAAAGUAACUGAGCAACCUGCUCCCUUGAAGCAACUCUGUUCAACAGAAUUUGCUUUUUCGGUCACAGACAGGAUACUGUUUAACACACACGCCCCUUUCUCACAUGGCUUUUUGUUUUGUUAGGUUAGAAAAUGAAGAUGCCAGCAUAUCCAACUUUAUUCCCUUAAGGGGUUUGAAGGCAGAGUAAGGAGAAGGGUCCUGGGGACCCAGGGACCUCUUUCAGUCUGGGGGUGCCCUCUUGCCUCUCGCACUUCCUGCCCUCCCAGGCCCCACGGGAAUUGUAAAACCCUGUAAUCCCAGUAGACCUCUGCUCUGGGUGAGCAUACGAGGAUCUUGGUGUGUCUGAGGGCCAGGCUUUCUGAGUCUUUGCCUUAGCAACUGGAAUUUUUGUUUGCUUGCUUGCUUUGACAGUUGGGAUUGGGUUUGGAAACACCACUUACUCUUCUACUUCCUCUUACACAUGCACGAUGCCAGAAGCAGCGACUAAUGAGACAGUAGGAAAAAAACAUCUAAAUUAACUCAGUCUAAACGAAAGCAAGCUCUUUGUUUCUAUUUGAUCAAAAUCCACCUCUCUAUUUAAGCCCAGGACUGUUUAGAUUAUUCAGUUUUCUGAGUUAGCUAUUCAUCCAAAUCAUUUCUAGAGUUACUAUACGAGGGUUUUUGCGUCAAUAUUACCUGUCUACCUCAGAACACAAGUGCUGCUGAAGCAUUCUGCAAGACCGUGUUCUCACAGUGCAGUUACAUUAGAAUUUAGGUAUUUUCCCGUGUGGUAAAACUAAAGAAUUAAACAGUUAGAAGCCUCCAAAUUCAAAUAAAGUUGAUUUACAGUUCAGAUCAAA